GUGUUUUAGUACCUCAACACAAAAAUAGCAGUAGUAAAAAGGUGCGGCGGUGGCAGUUUAGAGUUUGUAAAAGAAUCGAGAUAAGGGAGCGAGAUAUUUAUUGAAGGAUGAAUAAAUAUCUGGGCAGGGUGUCCAGCGUGGAAUCUGAUAUUGCACUUUUUGCACCCAAAAACAAGUUAUUUAAAUCCGCCCCCACCGCCUCUCUGUCUCUUCCCCCAUUUGCAUCAAUCAAUUCACAAUCCACAAAUUAUGUGAUUUUGAUUCCCUCAUGGGUGAGGAAGUGAAGAUUGACGACGCCAUCUCCGACUGGGAGGCCGGCCUCCCCUCCGCCGACGAUCUCACCCCCUUGUCUCAGUGCUUGAUCCCACUCGAAUUGGCCUCCGCCUUCAGAAUCUCGCCGGACCCGCCCCGCACCGCCGUCGACGUCACCCGCGCCUCCCGCACCACUCUCUCCUCCCUCCGCGCCGCCGCCCCCGCCGCCAAUUUCAAGCCCUUCGCCGCUCACGCCGACGAUCACGCCAUGCCCGACGCCGACGCCGACGACGGAUCCGACCCCAAGAAGACCCGCCGGGCCGACCCCGCCGACGAUCCGGCCGUCGACAACUGCACCGACGACCAGUCAACGGCCACUGCCAAGACUCUGAAGCGGCCGCGCCUCGUGUGGACCCCGCAGCUGCACAAGCGCUUCGUGGAUGUGGUGGCGCAUCUAGGGCUGAAGAACGCCGUGCCCAAGACGAUUAUGCAGCUGAUGAACGUGGAGGGUUUGACCCGGGAGAAUGUCGCCAGCCAUCUGCAGAAAUACAGGCUAUAUGUGAAGAGGAUGCAGGGGUUGUCCAACGAGGGGCCGUCCCCCUCCGAUCAUCUCUUCGCUUCCACGCCUCUGCCCCCGCAGAGCUUCAAUGAGUCGUCCAGCGCCGGCCCCAGCCAUGGGAAUGGAAUUGCAAACGGCAGUCAUAGCAGUGUUGGUAAUGGAAGUAGUGCCAAUAACCAUAUGGGGAUGCCAAUUCCGAUGCCAUACCCUCCGCCUCCGCAGAUUAUGCCGAUGCAAAUGGUGGGAAUGGCGCAUGGACACGGCUACCAUGGAUACGAAGCUCCGCAUUCGCAUCAUAGCCAUCACUAUCAGCAGCAGUAUGGUAGUAUGAUGCAGCAACAGAGGGACUGGUCUGGCAAUAAGUAUAAUGCUGGCUAUCCACAACAUCAUAUGACUCAAAACAAUAGCAAGUGUUAGACGGAGCAAUGUUGGAAGUCAGAAUAAAGGGUCUCGUGGAUUCAUUGCCUUGGGAAUGUGGCAUGUGAACCUCAGCUAGGACUAAUGUUUUGGCAAAUUUGCUGUCUUCUAUCUAGUGAAUUGUAGAUGUCUUAAUUUGUAAAAUGAGUUUUUUGAAUUGUAUAUUGUGUACUUGCUUUCAACGGAUGUCUUAUGCUUAUUAAGUACUGUUAGAAACUUGUUACUGUAUAGCUUGGUUCUUUGAUGACCCCAAAUCAAGAUUGUUCCAAACGAAUAAACAUAUAGCAUUUCUGGAAAAGUACUGGAUAAUCCCUACUUAUCUUAUUUUAUACAUAGCAGGACUAGGACAGAUGAAAUUAUUGAUCUUUAAUUGUUAAUUGGAUUUCGUGCACGGACUAUUAAUGCUUUCAGUUAAAUGCUUUUCAAUUCAACUAUAGUCUUCAAGUCCAUGAUGCCCUCAUACUAUAAACAGAGCUUGCAGGUAUAGAUCUUUAUCUGCCUAAAUAUAGCCGAUCUUGUUACUAUUUGGAACAUAUUCUUAGAUAUCUUCUCUCUCUGGGAGACAUAUAAGAUAUUCCACCAUCAUCUAAUGUAGCCUCGGUCCUCCUGAGAAGGCUUGCAAUACUUUUAGCUCUUUUUAUAGCAAUUUAGAACUUGUUGUGAUUGUGUUUGAUACUAUUCCAUCUUAUUAUUCUCUUAUUCCCCCUCAGUUGUUGGGGAAUAAAUAUUUUGAGUCUAGGCAUCUUCCCUCAUCCAAAUAGAUACACACAUCGUUGAAUAUAAACAUGUGUCUGGCAUCUUCUUAUCUUGUUUAAAGCUUGUUUAUCUGAUGCCUUUUUACUGUGCUAUCUUCAGAUCAAUUUUACUGAGUGAGGUUGCCGUGUCUUUAUGAUGAAGAAUUGGAUCAGAAAAUGACCUGUCACCUUCUUUUAAAAUAAAGGAGAACCUUAUAAGCUUUGCAUCAUUUAUAACUGUACAUAUGUUUUUCAAUGUUUAAUGCAUCCAUAUCUAUAUGAGAAUUUGCCUAUCUGGAUAUCUGUUCCAACAAAAACAAUGAGUGCGCUUUCAUUUUCCUCCAUCUUUUGUGCUUGCUCCUUUUCAUCUUACUACUUGUAAGAAUGAUCCUAUGUUUUCCACAAGAAAAGAGAUCUAUAGUUGAAGUCCUUUAGGAUUUCAUUGCAAUUCCUAAGGUAAAUGUACUGUUAUACAGGCAUUGUAGUGAAUUUUUGAGUUUUCAGGUUUUGCACCCAUGUCUUCUAUUGAAUUCCAAAGCAAGGGGUCACUAAAAUGUUACUAUCGAGCUGAAAAAUGUUAUAACGUGAAACAAUACCAUCCAUUUUGAUAAUUCUAGGUCUCUUCGACUGUCAAACCUUCUGAACUCUAAAAAGCUAAGUCACUGUAGUUUCAAGAAUGAGAUAAAUGAAUGUUUGAGCAAUAAGAUUUUUUUUCAUAAAUAUUCUUGAAGUUGCUCGAAACUGCUUUGUUUUUAUGCUUGAAGUGUAUUGUGUCGCCUCCUAACUAAUGUGUGUGAUUUCAUAGUGCACGUUCAGAUUUCGUGAAGCUUCGUUAUAAUUCAAGUACAGAGAGCCCUGGUUUAUGACACCAGAUCCGUUGGAAGAUUACAGAAUGUGACGUCUUAUGGCAUUUGGUUUCUGUCAGAGUAAAAGGAAAGAUUGACCCCAUCAGAUACUCAUCACGAGUUUCUGGGGUGCACUGAAGCUAAAGCUUACUGUCAAAUUAGUCUCGCCUUCAUGCAGAAGUUGUUAGUUUUUCUUCGACUUGCUGUACUGAUGAUUAAUGUUUGUGUGUUUCUGGACAAGCAUGGCUUUAUUGAGUUUCGUUUUGAGAAUCAAGUAUAAAUAUAAUUAACGCCCCUUGGAGUAA